AUGGCAUCAAUCGAAGAUUCAGUUGAUAUUCCACCAAAUCAAACUAUAUAUGUAAAUAAUUUAUAUGAAAAAAUAUCAAAAAAAAAAUUAAGAGAGCAUUUAUAUUCUUUAUUUUCAAAAUAUGGACAAAUUUUAGAGAUUGAAGCAUCAAAAUCAUUAAAGAUGAGAGGACAAGCAUUCAUUGUAUUUAAAGAUAUAACAUCAGCAUCCAAUGCUCUAAGAGAGAUGAAUGGAUUUAAUUUUUUAGAUAGACCAAUGAAAAUUCAAUAUAGUAAAAAUAAAUCAGAUGCUGUUUCAAAAUUAGAUGGUACUUAUAUGGAGAAAAAGAGACAAAGAGAAGAAAACAACGAAAAGAAAAUUAAUAUUAAAAAACAAGAUAGAAAAGUUACAGGUGGUCAAAAGAAUAAAAAUGGUGAAACUUUAUCUGUUGGUAAUAUACCUUCCAAUUUACAACCAAGAGAUCUUCCACCAAAUAAAACUCUUUUUGUUGAAAAUUUACCAGAUAAAUGCGAUCCAAUGAUGCUCGAAAUGUUAUUUUCACAAUUUCCAGGUUAUAAAGAAGUUCAUAUGGUAGAAAGUAAAAAAGGUAUUGCUUUUGUAGAAUUUCAAGAUGAAAGUAAAUCAGGUCUUGCAAUGCAAAGUUUACAACAUUUCAAAGUUACUCAAGAAAAACCAAUGGUUAUUUCAUUUGCAAAACAAUAA